AUGACUUCCCCGAAGGUUGAAACCCGAUUGUCUACGUCCGAGCCAGUGAAGAAAGAGACGUUUGGGAACCUGGCACCAUGGAGCGAGCCCGCCUGGUACAGUUCCCUCGCAUCGCCUUACUAUAAUAAAAGCCACAAACGACUACGCGACGCGAUACGCUCUUAUUACGAUGAUAAUGUUCUCCCUUACUCACUGGAUUGGGAGGAGAAGGGCGACGCACCCCUCGAGGCCAGACUGAAAUAUGCCCGCUCCGGCUUCACAUUCGCGGAUGUACCAGCCAAAUAUCGGCCUGCCGACAUACCGGGCCCAGCUGGAAUACCUGUGGCACAAUUAGACAUCUUCCACCUGAUGAUUAUGACGGAUGAGGGAGCGAGGGUUGAAGGUGGUGUUGGGACUGCGUUGGCUGGCGCUUCCGUGAUAGGAGCGCCUCCAAUAAUCUACCACGGUACCGAGGAACAGAAACAGAAAUGGCUACCCGGUCUCUUCACCUUCGAAACGAGCUUCUCUCUAGGGAUCACAGAACCAUCGGGCGGCUCUGAUGUUGCGAACAUCCAGACCACUGCGAAGAAGACAUCAGAUGGGAAGUUCUACGUAGUGAACGGAUACAAGAAGUGGAUCACGGGAACACCUUGGGCAACACAUAUGACAACAGCGGUGCGGACCGGUGGCGAUGGCAUGAAGGGUAUCUCAGUGAUCGUAAUCCCUGUCAACGCAAAAGGCUUUUCCUGGAAAAGAAUACCAAACUCAGGCCAGAAGGCUGGUGGGGCUUCCUUCGUGGAGCUAGACGACUGUCUAGUCCCGGCCGAAAACCUAAUUGGCAAAGAAAAUGAAGGCUUCCGCAUUAUCAUGACGAACUUCAACAAGGAACGGUUCAUCAUGUCUAUUGCAUGCAAUCGCAAGGCGCGCACUUGUCUAUCAACGUCUUUAUCAUAUGCUCACAAUCGCCAUACCUUUGGGAAGCCAUUAAUCGCGAAUCAAAUCAUCAGCUCCAAGCUCGCAACUCUUGCGCGUUACGUGGAAAGUCAUUGGGCGUGGCUUGAACAGAUCGCCUACCACAUUCAGCAGUCGCCACUGGGCUGGCAAGAUCCUGAAAUCGCAGGACAGAUUGCUCUGUCUAAAGUGCAUGGAGGUCGCAUCCUGGAGAUGGCAAACAGAGAAGCCCAGCAGGUUCUUGGGGGCGCGGGAUAUCAAAAGGGAGGCCCAGGAGCAUCUAUCGAACAGAUGAGCAGAGAUCUAAGGAUGAUGGUCGUUGGAGGCGGUAGCGAAGAGAUCAUCGCUGAUCUAGCUGUCAGGCAGGAAACUGCUCUCGCGAAGAAACGGGGUUGGAAACUGUAG